CAGCGCUACGCGCCGCUCUUGGACGGGCUGGGGUGCUGGGGUGAAGCAGGCACGAUGUGGGCCUGUCGCCUCCUCCACGCUGGUCUCUCCGCAGCCCCCCGCGGCCGCCGCGCGCAGUCGGCGCUGACCCAGCUGCGUGGCGUCCUGGAGGAGGAGCUGGAAGCGAUCCGCGGGGCUGGCACCUGGAAGAGCGAGCGGGUCAUUACGUCCCGUCAGGGGCCGCGCAUCCACGUGGACGGUGUCUCCGGAGGACUCCUUAACUUCUGUGCCAACAACUAUCUGGGCCUGAGCAGCCAUCCCGAGGUGAUCCAGGCAGGUCUGCAGGCCCUGGAGGAGUUUGGAGCCGGCCUUAGCUCCACUCGCUUCAUCUGCGGGACCCAGAGCAUCCACAAGGAUCUAGAAGCAAAGAUAGCCCGCUUCCACCAGCGGGAGGAUGCCAUCCUCUACCCUAGCUGUUUUGAUGCCAACGCUGGCCUCUUUGAGGCCCUGCUGACCCCCCAGGAUGCAGUCCUGUCGGACGAGCUGAACCAUGCCUCCAUUAUUGAUGGCAUCCGUCUCUGCAAGGCCCAUAAGUACCGCUACCGCCACCUGGACAUGGCUGAUUUGGAGGCCAAGCUGCAGGAGGCCCAGAAGCAUCGACUGCGCCUGGUGGCCACGGAUGGGGCCUUCUCCAUGGAUGGUGACAUCGCACCCCUGCAGGAGAUCUGCCACCUUGCCUCUCGAUAUGGUGCCCUGGUCUUUGUGGAUGAAUGCCACGCUACCGGCUUCCUGGGGGCCACAGGACGGGGCACGGAUGAGCUGCUGGGUGUGACGGACCAGGUCACCAUCAUCAACUCCACGCUGGGGAAGGCACUGGGUGGAGCCUCAGGGGGCUACACAACAGGGCCUGAACCCCUGGUGUCCCUGCUCCGGCAGCGCGCUCGGCCCUACCUCUUCUCCAACAGCCUGCCCCCCGCUGUCGCCGGCUGUGCCUCCAAGGCCCUGGACCUGCUCAUGGAGAGCAAUGCCAUCGUCCAGUCUAUGGCGGCCAAGACCCAGCGCUUCCGCAGAAAGAUGAAGGCUGCUGGCUUCACCGUCUUGGGAGCCAAUCACCCCAUCUGCCCUGUGAUGCUGGGUGAUGCCCGGCUGGCUUCUUGCAUGGCAGAUGACAUGCUAAAGAGAGGCAUCUUUGUCAUCGGGUUCAGCUAUCCGGUGGUCCCCAAGAACAAGGCCCGGAUCCGGGUGCAGAUCUCAGCAGUGCACAGCGAGGAGGACAUCGACCGCUGUGUGGAGGCCUUCGUGGAGGUGGGGAGGCUGCAUGGGGCACUACCCUGACCUGGGCGGUGACAGGCACAGCCAAGGUCCCCCUCCCUCUGCAUUAACGAAAGGGGCCUUUGGUCAGCCCAGGCCAGACGCUCUGAACCCUGUCAGAGUCCUAGGACUGGGCUGGGGCAUGGCCGGUGCUCGUGAUCUUGUGUCAAACAACAGUGUGAAACUGGGCUGA